AUGUGUAAAAUUGUCCCUCCUAAAAAGAUUAUUCCAAAUCAUAAAUCAGUUUUUCUUCUUCUCUUAAGCUUAUCUGCUAUAAGUACUUCACCGGAGUCGGCUGAUACUCUAGCUUCUGCUUCUGCUGCCACCACUAAUGUUCCUGCACCUACAGUUACCAUUGUUUCAGGAGUGAUUGACUCUACUCACCCUUACUACCUUCAUCCUUCUGACUAUCCAGGGAUGAACCUUGUGUCCUCAGCUUUUGAUGGAAAAGGAUAUGGAGGUUGGAGAAGGGCAGUUAUCAUUGCCUUGUCUGCAAAGAACAAGCUGGGAUUUAUCGAUGGCUCUCUUAUUAUCCCUAAGGCUGAUUCUGCAAUCCAGCAGGCCUGGGGUAGAUGUAAUGAUAUGGUACUUUCAUGGCUUCUCAACUCGUUGUCCAAAGAGAUAGCUGAAAGUGUGCUCUAUUCACAGAGUGCAAAGGAUUUAUGGAGUGACCUGGAAGACAGAUUUAGACAGGCAAAUGGAGCAAAGCUGUUCCAAUUACAAAAGGAAUUAAGUUCAGUAGUGCAAGGAAAUUCAAGUGUAUCAACUUACUUCACCAAAAUGAAAAGCCUAUGGGAUGAUCUAGAUGCACUCAAUACAUUUCUGCUUGUGUUUGUGAGUGUGAGUGUGGUGCAAAAGUCAAAAGCUUGA